CGAAUGAGGACCACGGAGAUCUCUUUUUCAAAUCGUCGCUGCAGUGUGCGACAGUGUGUGAGAGUUUGUUAGAAGCUGAGGAGCAGGUGUGGCGAUGGCGUCGUCAGGUGAGGACGGUUGUGGGACAGCGGGCAUAGCGGCGGCGGCGGCGGAGGCGGCUGGGGAGGGAGGCUCUCCUCCUCCUCCUUCCCCAGGUUCUCCCUCCGACGUGUCCCACUGGGAGAAAAUGGCAAAGUACUUUGACGCCUUCGUGUCGCUGACGGGUCACUUUGCCAACGUGGCACUGGACCACGUGGCCGAGGACAUCCAACGGGUGAUCGAGAAGAAAGGAGAAGAUGACACGUGUCACGUUCCUGUGAUUGUGGACGUUGCUGGCGGCACGGGCGCGUGCGCUCUCGAGGCUGUCCGCAGAUUUCCCCAUGCCAGGGUGCUGUUGACAGAUAUCAGCGAUGCCAUGCUCAACGUCGCGCGGAAGAAGAUAGCCGAGUCCGGCAUAGCCAACGUGGAGGUGAAGGUGAUGGACGGCCAGGAUCUGGAGAUGGCCGAUGGGAGUGUUGACGCCCUCACUUGCGUCUUCGGCAUCAUGUUCUUCCCCGACCGGUCGCGGGGCUGGCGGGAAAUGCAGAGAGUUCUGCGACCGGGCGGCAAAGCCGCCGUGGUCACGUGGAAGACCCCCGGUCCUCAUGUCCUGACCGACGAAGCCAUCGCCAAGUACGACGCCGAGGUGGAGGGGAAGGCGAAGGAGGAGGAGGAGGAGGGCAUGCCACGUGGCGAAGAGAGGCAGGGAGAAUGCUUGAAGAAGACGGCUAUGGAUGACGAAGGCAGGAAGAAGAUGCUGUACCUUUCUUCUGCGUCCGCCAUAGCCGACGACCUUGCCGCUGCCGGCUGUCACUUUUCCAAGGUGGAAACGUAUCCAUCGCCGUUUGUGUGGCAGGGGAUCAACGAGGGAGACGUGGACAUGAUGUGCUCUCUCUGGAAGAAGAUGCCAACCAUAGAGAACCUGCUGACGGGAAGGGAUAUAGAACUACUGCUAGCGAAGCUCAGGGAAGUAAUGAGGGCUAGACUCGACGAGAACGGCCACGUGUGCGUUCCUUGUGAGGCGCUCCUCACCGUUCUCACCAAGUGAGCGGGAACAAAUUUUGAUAAUAAUA